AUGAAAUCUCAUUUCAGGAUAAUAACAGUGGUGGUGGAGUUAGCCGGAUCACCAGCCAGUGGUCCUCCGCCAGGAAGCUAUCAUUUGAGUGGUGAACCCCCUAAGUCCAGCAAUUCCAAACAAAUUAUAAAAGUCUCCUCAGCCAGCAGUGUCCCCUCGGUGUCUUAUCAUCUGACAAGUGAAACAAUUUCAAGUGGUCCUAAACAUGGCUACAGUAUUGGCAGUGGUUUGCGUUCGAUUGCUCAGGGAUCUGCAAAUCAGGCCUAUAGUGCAGUGGCAUCCCAACAUGCAGCUGCAAAGCAAGCAGCAUUUUUAGCCAAAAAUUCACUGGCCCAGGCGGCAACACAGGCUGCCGCCACUGCCCAGGCAGCUCUAGAGGGUAAACAAAUACUUCUACAUGAACUGCAACAACAGGCUGGUAUUGCCCAGCAGGCUUUGUCACGAGAACUUGAUCAAUUGAAAUUGGCACAAACAACUGCUCAGCUAGCCCAACAAGCUGCAAGGGCUGCCCGCAAUCAAAUAUCUGUUCUCACGGGGGCUCUGAACAAUGCCAAGGCUGUUGCUGAUCAUGCCGAUCAAACUGCCCAGGAAGUUGGCAAUCAAUUGGCCUCUCAAUCGACAAUGGUGGGUCAAGCCAAGACGCGUCUAGAACAGGUCGAAGAACAAUUGAGACAAGCCACCGUGGACUAUGAAGCAACAAAGGAAGCUGCCCUGAAGGCAUCUUCGUCGGCUGCAGAGGCUCAGGUGAAUGCCUCACAGGCUGCUGCCCAUGCCACCAAAGAACUCCACGAUAGUACACAUCAACAUACACCACCAUCUGCAUCGGCUGACGAUUCUUUUGAAGAUGCCCAGGCAUUUGUUCACCAGGUGCAUUCAAGUGGCAAACGUAGACAUCCAAGUCAACAUCCUUCGAUUGAUCGUAGCGAAAAUGUUGAAAACCAGUAG